AUGUUGAAGUGUAUAGAAUGUACCAAGCAGCUUAACGUCGGCGGCGACAAUGGAUCUCUACCACAGAGAAGGGAAAUGGAUGUGAAUGGUCUCGACGACGAUUAUACUACGGAGACGCCCAGGACGAGGCUGGCCAUUAAGAAUCUCACCGCUCAGAUAAAAGACAUGGCGGUAAAGGCAUCAGGAGCUUAUAAAAACUGCAAGCCAUGUUCAGGUUCAUCAAACAAUAAGCAACAGAAUGGGAACUAUGUUGACUCUGAUGCUGCCUCAGAUUCAGCUAGGUUCCACGGUUCAUACCGUAGGGCGGCUGCUGCUGCAGGUAGUUCCAAUUCUACGCCAAGGAUUUGGGGGAAAGAGAUGGAGGCAAGGCUGAAAGGGAUGUCGAGUGGUGAAGGAACUCCAGCGCCAGGGAGUGGGAGGACGGAAUCCGUGGUGUUCGCGGAGGAAGAUGAGCCUAAAGAAUGGGUUGCACAAGUGGAGCCUGGUGUGCUCAUCACGUUCGUUUCGUUGCCUGAAGGUGGGAAUGAUCUCAAGAGAAUUCGAUUCAGGUACUUGCUACUAGUUUCAUGUAAAUUUCUUGUUUGCUUGCUUUUGUUGGCAUGA